AUGGCCAACGAAGCCUUCGACAUCGUUGAUUUGUCACCAGUCCAACGGCUUCUCCUCGCGCAGCCCCUGGGCCUAGGGGUCAGCCGCGGCCCGUUCUGCACGGGGACGCAGCCUCGUAGGACUCGAGCAGUUACCAGACCUCCGGGGAAGCGGGGUGGGCUGCAGCACAGCCUACCAGCCCGUCUCCACGGAAACGAGCCUCGCAGAGCGUCUAGGAGAUCCCGGAAGGACCGCCACCAGAUCGGCCGCCGCCUCCCGACUUCAGUUCAGACAGUCAGCUCCGUGUCCGCGCUCCCUUCCUUCAAGGCUUUUCGGUUUAGCUACCAUUCCGAGUCGUUCUCCGCCCUGGCAGAUUCCUCCUCACAGCCCAGAAAACCUUCGGUCAAAUGGGACCUGGGCUCGAAUUUCGAGUCCGUUGCCAAGGAGACCGCCGCCCCGAGCUCGGACUUCCGGCGCGAGAGACUAGACAGCCAGCCGGAUCUUGGCGUCCGAGUCCAACCGCAGACCUUGUUCCUGCGGCCGCGGCCCGCCAUCUCGAAGUUGUUAUUCAGCAUAAUAAAUUCCAGUGAUGCAAAUGUGAAGAAACUUUUACCCAAGAGCCAUUUACCUCGGGUGAUUAUUCGGGACAACCUCAACGCACAGCGCAUCUACGAGAUGGAGAUGAAAGCUUCCGAUAAGACCAAGAGAAAAAUGAGCCACUUGUACGACCACCUGAAAAAAAAGUUCAUGACAGACCAGCUGAGAAAGAUGCUGCGCUGGAGGCGGGAGUCACUGAACACCCAGCAGUACUUGGAUAGGCAACGUUUCUUCAGACACUCGACUUAGACUGGAAACCAGCCACCGUAGCAGUGGCAGAAUGGUCUGCCUCAGAAACACAGAACCGCCCUGGUGAGAGCUAAGGGACCCAGGAACAUGCUGGUCUCCACCACUGUAGGCAAUAAAGGAAAAGCAGCGGGUAGGGUAGGAGCA